GCCCACAGGACUGACUGACCCCCGGGACGUGGCGCGGUGCUGACGUGCGGGCUGUGGCGUGCUGUGCGCUGCCACGCAGAGCCCACCAUGAACGGCCCCGAGCCGGGCUUCACCCUGGAUCUUGGCCCCAGCUUCACCGAAGAUGCACCCAGACCUCCUGUGCCAGGGGAGGAGGGGGAGCUGGUGUCCAGUGACCCGCGGCCGCUCAGCCACGGACUCUGCGCAGGGAAAGGGGCCGGGCCCAAAGGGGAGGCGUCCACAGCCACUCCACGGCGCUCCGAUCUGGACCUGGGCUACGAGCCAGAGGGCAGUGCCUCACCCACGCCCCCCUACCUGAGGUGGGCUGAGUCGCUGCACUCCCUGUUAGACGACCAGGAUGGCAUCCACCUGUUCAAGACGUUCCUGAAGCAGGAGGACUGCGUGGACCUGCUGGACUUCUGGUUCGCCUGCACCGGCUUCCGGAAGCUGGAGCCAAGCGGCUCCAACGAGGAGAAGAGGCUGAAGCUGGCCAAGGCCAUCUACCGCAAGUACAUCCUGGACAGUAAUGGCAUCGUGUCCCGGCAGACCAAGCCGGCCACCAAGAGCUUCAUCAAGGACUGCAUCAUGCGGCAGCAAAUCGACCCCGCCACCUUUGACCAGGCCCAGACCGAGGUCCAGUCCACCAUGGAGGAGAACAGCUAUCCGUCCUUCCUCAAGUCCGACAUCUACCUGGAGUACACGCGGACAGGCGCCGAGAGCCCCAAGGUCUGCAGUGACCAGAGCUCAGGCUCUGGGACGGCCAAGGGCGUGUCUGGGUACCUGCCCACCUUGAAUGAGGACGAGGAGUGGACGUGCGGCCAGGAUGUGGAGGACGAAGAAGGCCGGGGUGCCACGCCCUCCAGCAGGCUCUCCCAGAAGCUACUCCUAGAGACGGCCGGCCAGCGCCCCCCGACAAGCCGCCGGGGCAGCGAGGGCCGGGAGCUCAGGCAUGGCUCCUGGCGGGAGCCAGUCAACCCCUACUACGUCAACUCCGGCUACGCCCUGGCACCAGCCACUAGUGCCAAUGACAGCGAGCAGCAGAGCCUGUCCAGCGACGCUGAUACCCUGUCCCUCACUGACAGCAGCGUGAGCCGCUGGCCCCCUCCCCAGGAUGUGUGCCCAGACUCGUCCAGCCCCGGGCGCACAUACCGGAUCCCCAAGGAGGUCCGCGUGGAGCCGCACAAGUUUGCGGCGGAGCUCAUCCACCGCCUGGAGGCUGUGCAGCGCACACGGGAGGCUGAGGAGCAGCUGGAGGAGCGGCUGCGGCGCGUGCGCAUGGAGGAAGAGGGCGAGGACCUAGACGGGAACCUUGGUGCCCUGGGGCCAACCCACAAGCUGCCUCCUACUCAGGCCUGGCACCACUUCCUGCCACGCUACGCCGAUGCAAGCUGUGCAGGGCCCCGGGACGCGCACGAGGAGGACCCCGAGAGCAUCCUGGAUGAGCACGUGCAGCGCGUCCUGCGCACUCCCGGCCGGCAGUCCCCAGGGCCUGGCCAUCGCUCCCCUGACAACGGGCACUUGGCCAGGCUGCCCGCGGCACUGGGCGGAACAGCUGGGCACAGCAAGCACUCAGCCAAGUCAGGCACCAAGCUGGACCCAGCCGGCCUGUACCACCACCGGCACGUGCACCACCACCUGCAUCACAGCGCCACCAAGCCCAAGGAGCAGCUGGAGGUGGAGGCUGCUCGCCGCGUCCAGAGCGGCUUGCCCUGGAGCCCUGAGCCGCACGGAUAUGCCCCCAAGCCCCGCGGCGGCUUUCCUGAGAGCUCGGGUGCAGCCCCUGCCACCACUGACAGCCUGGGCUACGGCGGGAAGGCAGGUGCAUCCAAGAGGACUGCCAAGAAGGCUGAGACCAGCCGGGGGGCAGCCACUUCGGAGGUGCCGGGCUCACCCGAGGGUGCAGAGAAAACGCAGACCAUCCUGCAGUGGAUCAUCGAGGGCGAGAAGGAGAUCAGCCGCCACAAGAAGGCGGCUGGCCACGGGCCUUCAGGGGCCAAGAGGCAGCAGGCUCAUGAGAGCUCCAGGCCCCUGUCCAUCGAGCGCCCCGGUGCUGUUCACCCCUGGGUCAGUGCCCAGCUUCGGAACUCCGUCCAGCCCUCCCACCUCUUCAUCCAAGACCCCACAAUGCCCCCCAACCCCGCCCCCAACCCCCUAACCCAGUUGGAGGAGGCCCGCCGGCGGCUGGAGGAGGAGGAGAAGCGGGCCGGCAAGCUGCCUGCCAAGCAGAGGACGAAGUCGCAGAAGAAGGCGGGCGGUGUGAGUGGCCCCUCGUGUGACAGCAUUGUUGUGGCCUACUACUUCUGCGGGGAGCCGAUCCCCUAUCGGACCCUGGUAAAGGGCCGAGGGGUCACCCUGGGCCAGUUCAAGGAGUUGCUGACCAAGAAGGGCAGCUACAGAUACUACUUCAAGAAAGUGAGCGACGAGUUUGACUGCGGCGUGGUGUUCGAGGAGGUGCGGGAGGACCAGGCCGUGCUGCCCGUCUACGAGGAGAAGAUCAUCGGCAAGGUGGAGAAAGUGGACUGAGCACGCUGCCGCUGCUGCUGCUGCUGCUGCCCCGCACCAGCGCUCUGCCUGGCCGGCUGCUCCUGGGCCCACAGGUCUCCCUGUGGAGCUGAGGAGGGAGCCUGCCAUCGCCAUAGCAAUACUGAGGGCCUGCCCAGCAGGACAGCCCCUCGCCGGUCAUCAGCCCGGCGGUCCCUCUGCUGCUAGCGGGCCCUGCCUGACCCUGGAGGCCUUGCCUGGGGGCGGGGGGCCUCGCCCUGGGGUGUCUGCUCCCCACCAGGGCCCCGCCCAUGGGCCCGUCACGUGUACAUGUCACCGAGUGCCUUCACAGCCUGUCCCCUGCCUGCCACUGUGUGACCGCGGCGGUCCCGGGGCGCCCCGCGCCCAUGUAAAUAUGUACAUUUCUCAGGCAGGGCCAUGGGCCGCCGCGCGCUCGUGCACUCACUUGUACAAUGGUCUUUCAAAGGUACUUGGAUAAUAAUGAAAUAAAACGUUUGUAAACCCCUGGGCCCAGGAGCCA